AUGCGCGUAGGACCAAGAUAUCCCUGUACGAUGCUUGGUUGCCUGGCCUCCAGCCUUGCAGCGGUGCCUCAAGGAAAGGACAAGCCCAUCUAUGCUCCUUGCUGCGUGCAUGCGUCCAUGCACCACCCACCCCCAUUCACUCCCUGCCUUCCCACCUCCCCAACUUCCGCCCUGCAUCCCUGCCAUGCAAGUGCUUGGUCGUCUGGCGGUCAGGCUGUGCUUGGUCGCGUGGCGUCACGGUUGUCAGUGGUGCUGCAGGGAAAGGACAAGCCCAUCUACUCCCUAUGCUGCUUGCAUGCAUCCAUCAUCUACCCACCCCCAUUCAACCCUUCUCGCCCCUCUCCGCUUCUCCCCACUCCUUCCCAUGCAGUGGUGCUGCAGGGGAAGGACAAGCCCAUCUACUCGCCCAGCAUCGACAAGGGCGACGUGUGCAUCGUCGUCAAUGCAGAUAAGAUUGCAGUGACGGGUGACAAGAUGAAGCAGAAGACAUACAGAUGGCACACAGGGUACAUUGGCGGGCUGAAGGAGCGCACUCUCAAGGACCAGAUGGCAAAGGAUCCCAAGGAGGUCAUUCGCAAGGCAGUGCUGCGCAUGCUGCCGCGCAACCGACUCGUGGAUCCACGAAUGACGAAGCUGAGGAUAUUCGAGGAGGGCAGUCACCCAUUUGAGGACAUUCCUGCGAGGGAGGAGGCGAAGCCUGCCCAGCUCCCUCACCUGCUCCCACCUCCCAGAACCGUACUCAUCUUCAUGGACGUGGUCUCCCAAGGGGUCAGCGGCUUGUUGGAGUCGCAUGUGUUGGACGAUGACAUGUCGUCGACCGCGACCUCGCACAGCUCCACCAGGUCAGCCGAGCGUGCAAGAAGGCGCGGCUUGCGGCGACGGCGUUACCAGCUUCUGCUAGAGGACCUGCAGGGAAUGGGAGACGGGGAGUUGAGGGACAUGUACAGAAUUAAGAGGGCUAUUCUCGACUAUGUGGUUGACGGCAUGAAGUACUACAUGCAGCCUUACGUGGAUCGGUAUUUUAUUACCCACGAAGUGGCAAACCUUGUGCCGAUCAAAUACCUGGCGAGUGCACCAUCGUACAUGGACCUCUCUCACCUCUUCGGGUUGUCGAAGACCUUGUGUCACGAGCUCGUCGACGUGUGGCUGAUGCAAUUCUGUUCGGUCUUCAGACAGCAGUGGGUGCACUUCCCCACCUGCGACGACCUUGACGAGAUGGCCGAGGAGUUCCGCGCUGUGAAAGGGGUACCUGCGGUGGUGGGGGCUAUUGACGGGACACACGUACACAUGAAGGGGAUGGAGGGUCACAGGCAAGAGUACUGGACACGGAAAUCGGCUUACGCCGUGCAGUUGCAGGUGACGUGUGAUGCUCGCAACAUCAUCUGGGACUUCCUGAUCGGAUACCCUGGGAAUGCACACGAUCAACGCGUGUUCAUGGACAGCGCGUCAAUGCGGCGUGGGCCAACUUGCCACGGAACAGGGAUCCUUGGUGGACCCGCGGCGCAGUAG